GCUGCUCGUCUGCGUGCCCCUCACAAUUACCUGUUCCACCAGAGCUGAUGUGAGCGCGAGUUGGUGAGCACAUGCCACGUUGAGAGAAGAAUAACUGCCUUUAUUACAGCAACAACAACAACAACAUCAGGGGCUCAAUAAGGACCGGUUGAAUUUAACCCCCCACAAAAACUCAACUCAACCAAGUGGUUUAAACAAACCUUCUGCAGCCGACUGAAGGAUCUGAGAAACCCGCAAGGAUGCACUUGUUGUCCGCCAGCUGCGUGUCCCUCCUCUUCACCGCGCUCCUCCAGCAAGUCAGAGGUUUUGAGACCGUUAUCGGCCUGUAUGAGGAAACACUCGAGAUCCCGUGCAACAACGGAGCCCUGAAAGCAGAGGACGUCCUGAUCACUAAAUGGAAAUAUGACAAAAGAGAGGGAAUUUCAGGAGACCUAUUGGUCAAGCGGAAUGACCAUGAUGUCUCAAUCAGCGCCACUGAUGAAUACAAGGACCGUGUUAGCAUGGCUGCCAACUUCAGCCUGCUGCUUUCUGAAGCCAAGCUGACCGACCAACGCUCUUUCAUCUGCAUGGUGGCGGUUGGAGCCGACAUCCUAGAAUAUCCAGUUAAUGUGGUGAUCUACAAGGCGCCGGCAGGCCUGGAGAUUUCUGACAAAGCAGAGGAACUAGAGAUUGGCAAACUUACUAAGCUGGGAACAUGUUUCGCAGAAGACGCCAAUCCAGCUGCAAAUAUCACAUGGCUUAAGAACAACACACCUCUGGUGGCUGAUGGGAAAGGGAUUUCCAUACAAGCCUCGGUGCUGGUGGACCCUGUUACUGGCCUUUCAACCACCUCCUCCGUACUGGAGUACUCGGCCGAGAAGGGAGACACGGACGCCGAGUUCAGAUGCAGCACUCAGCACACCGUGGGCGCAGAGCUGGUGUCCUCUCCGGUGACCUUCACCGUCACCUACUCCACAGAGAACAUCGUCCUCCAGGUCUCUGCUCAGGAGCCUCUGGUAGAAGGAGACAAUGUGACUCUGAAGUGUGUGGCGGACGGUAACCCUGCUCCCACCACCUUUAACUUCCACCUUAAGGGAAAGUUGGUGAAAGUGGAGAACGCCGAUACUUACACCAUCACGAACGUCUCGCGUGACACCACUGGCGAAUACAAAUGCUCCCUUGUUGACGACCCGACAAUGGAAGCAUCCAAGGACAUCACAGUCAACUACCUAGACAUCAAUUUAAGCCCCUCUGGAAAUAUCGUCAAGAGUGCCGGUGAGGCCUUGGAUCUGACUUUCCAGAUUGAUGCCUCCGGAGACUCCAAGGUCUCCUGGACAAAGGACAAUGUUAAACUGGACAAAGAGCCCAAGUUUACCACGCUGACUUUCGCCGACUCUGGUAGUUACGAGUGCGAGGUGACGAUGGGGCUCCUCAGUCGAAAAGCUGUUCUUGAACUGGCUGUCGAAGGUGCUCCAGUCAUCAAACAGCUGACCAAAGCGCGCGGUGAAGACGGCAAACACGAUGUCCUGAUUUGUGAGGCUGAAGGUGUUCCAAAGCCUGCCGUUUCCUGGAGCAUCAACGGCACCUCGCUUGAUGAGAGUCCCUUCGUCAACGGAAAGAUAAUACACAAAAUCAAAGUCGUGCCUACUGCGAAUCUGACUGUCUCUUGCACGGUUGCCAAUGAGUUUGGCGUAGAUAGCAGCACUAUAAAUGUGUCAUUCGUAAAUGAUGAUGAGGUGAGAAUGCAUAAACAAGACCAAUCGGAGGAUAACGACCAAACCAAGUUGGUGGUCGGCGUCGUAGUCGGUCUCCUUGUCGCCACUUUGGUUAUAGGCCUGGCAUACUGGGUCUACAUGAAGAAAUCCAAGCAAGGAAGCUGGAAGACUGGUGAGAAGGAGAACGGGUCUUCUGAGGAGGAGAAAAAACUGGAGGAGAAAGUGGAGGAGAACAGCCAAAAAGCUGAGGUGUAAAGAAACGGCAACCAUCCUUUGGGAAUGUGAAAGUGAGAACGUGGAACUUUUGCACAUUUCUCUUCACCUCUGUCUUUGGGAAAAAAAAGUGUACAUUGGGAUGAAGACGGUUUGGAUUUGGUUUCAGGGAGAAUUUUACUAAAAAGCAUAUCCAAACGCCCCCCCGAACUCCUCAAACCCUCACCCCCUCCAUUCCUUAAAAAAAAAAAAAAAUGAAUGGAUACUGUGUGUGAUAUACAUAACUUGUCUGCACUACUGAUACACGUGUAAACUUGUCUACUAUUAGGAUUCAUGUUUGUUAGAAUGGAAUUUGGGAAACUGAGAAAAUGCAGAACUUGUUUUUGGUUUUGUUAGUUGAUGCAAGUAGAAUUACUACUAGACCAGUUGCCUUUGCUGUAAGGAUGUGUAGGCCUGCGUUAGUCUGACCCUCGGAGGACAUCACGGGGACUGAGGGUCAUCAUCACCACCACCGCUUCUUAGCUUCACGUCAUCACGGUCAAACAACUCUGCCUUCAACAUCAGUGUACUAAAUCUGUUUAUUCAUUUCAGUUUGUUCAUUCAGGCGUUAAAAAAAAAAAAAAAGUUGAGAUAGAGAUGAAAUUCCUGAAAGGGCUAUGGGUAUAUUGUUAUACUCGGCAUUAGUUGUAGAUGGUAAUAUGAUUUACAUGUUGCAGGAAGUAGGCGAUGUGCCACAGAGUUCUUUGGCAUUACAUGAUUUUUUUUUGUUCUUUGAUUGUGUGUACCUCUUUGCAAAGUAACCAGGAGAGAAACUCAGUUCAUUUUGUUUCUUUUUUUUUCAAAUGUACUGUACAUUUCGACAUAACCACUGUAUAACACAAGCAGGUAGAUUAUUGAGAGAAUGUAUAGCAUAACUCCACUCAUAUUACUGGCUUUAAUUUGGCUGUACAGAUUGUUUUACAUAAAGCCACUGUUUGGUUUCACGCAAGAAGAAGUCCUUGAGCCUGUAGUAGUGAAAGGAUUUUUUUUUAGUUUCAAGGCUAUAAGUGAAUUUGUGCUUCAUCAGUGUUGAGGUAUGAUUGUUUAUUGCAUAGCCAUGGCAUCAUUUUGUAACGGAGCACACAGAGAGGACCAGGCGUUUAGCUGUCAACGAUAUGUUUGCCUUCUUUUGAAAAUCUACCUGUAAAUUGCUUCAGUUUGUGAUGUGCACUAGGGUUCAUGUUUUCAUGUCAGAUUUGUGUAGAAUACGAUGGAAUACGCGCAGCUGUACACGUCACAAAUUUGGUCCAUUUUACUAAAUUUGAAAAUGCAUCAAGACCAGGAUAUAAUUGUGAAGUAUGUGAAUUUAAUUUUUCUUUUUUGCUAUUUAUAUUGUAAAAAAUGUCCUGGUAGGCAAAUUCGACAAUUGUCAAAUAACUCAUAACAUGAAUUGAAACCGUUCCGGUAAAUUGCUUGCAGACAAAAUUGUAAUUAAGUUGUGAGUCCUCAGUAGGUUGCUCAGCGUCUGGUUGAAUAGUAGAUUCAGCAUGUGAUAAUCUCAGACCUCCAAGCUGCUGUUUGUUGCCUACUUUGUGCAAAACCAUCAAAUUGGAAGAAUGACCAAAGAAAGUGAACAUUGCCAUGCAAGUUUUGUAAAUACCUGAUGUUUGUUUUUGUACUUUUGUUUAAAAUAAAGUGUACAUUUGGAAAAGUUA